AUGACAAUCGACAACAGUACUCACCGUGCAGAAAUUAUAGAUGAGAAGGAUCCGGGAGAGUCCACCGAGCCUUUGCAGCCGUCUCAAAAAGGUGUCGCAAACGUUUCAGACGAUACCGAGCCAAAGAAUGAAGGCACAACAACAGCACCACCAUUCGAGACGACUUUUCCAGAAGGUGGCUGGAGAGCGUGGCUGGUUGUGCUGGGGUCUAUGAUCUUGUUGGGAUGUUCAUUCGGAUGGCUCAGUUCAUUUGGCACCUUUCAAUCUUACUACGAAACCCAUCAGCUUAGUGAUGAGUCGCCCUCAACCAUUUCAUGGAUUGGAUCUACCCAAACGUUUACUCAGUACUUGAUAGGAUUGUUCUCUGGAAAUCUGUUCGAUUUAUAUGGAGCGAGGGUCCUAAUCAUACCUGCUUCGAUUGUGUAUAUUUUCUCCAUCAUGAUGACAAGCUUGUGCCAUGAAUAUUAUCAGUUCCUCCUAGCACAAGGCAUUCUGUGCGGUCUGGCCACUGGAUUUGUUUUCACCCCCGCCAUUUCGGUGAUUGGCCACUACUUUCGAAGGAAGCGCGGCCUUGCCAUUGGAGUCACUACAGCCGGAGCGUCUUUGGGCGGUAUUCUGCUGCCGAUAGCAUUGAGGAAUGCUCUUUACAGUCGGACUCUGAAAUUCCCCUGGAGCAUUCGCGCAGUGGGCUUCGCGCUACUCGCACUCAUGAUAGUCGCUUGCGCUAUUGUCAAAGAGCGCCUUCCUCCACGCCGAGGAAAGAUGUUUGUGUUCGAGGCGUUCAACAUUCCGAGCUAUUCGAUUCUAGUUGCGGCGGUAUUCUUCAGUCUGUGGGCACUAUGGAUUCCCUACUACUACAUCAUUGUCUUUUCGAUAGAGGAAGUUGGGAUGGACCAAGAGCUGGCCUUCUACAUGUUACCAAUCAUGAACGGAUGUUCAAUGCUCGGGCGAAUUAUUCCGGGUUACUUCGCCGACAGAUUUGGGCGACUCAACUCACUACCAAUAAUUUAUGUGUUGAACGGCAUACUUUUGUUCUGUUGGGCGAGGGUGCACGGCACGGCCGGUAUGAUUGUCUGGACCGGCUUCUUUGGCUUCGUGUCUGGUGCGGUUAUCUCGGUCUAUCCUGCUUCAAUAUCGUCGAUGGCAGCUAGACCAGCGGAUAUUGGUGCUUAUUUGGGUCAGGCAACCGCCGUGGUGUCUUUUGCCAAUCUGACAGGGCCUCCAAUCGCCGGUGCAUUGAUCAGAAAGCAUGGGUUUGCAGCAGGGACCGAAUUUGCUGGCAGUGCCAUGAUUGUAGCUGCAGUCCUCUCAGCAAUUUCUCGGUAUUGUUGGGAUCGAGACCUGCAGAAGAGGGUCUAG